AUGCCCCCUUUUCGAAGAGCCCUUCGUAUUCAAAGAAGGUACGUUGUGACGGUCGGCGGGACACCUGCCGUAACUGCGAACGUCUUGGUUUCCGCUGCUCGUUCAAUCACCAUUUCCAUGACAGCGCGGAUGCCCAAGUCUCUGAAGGGAGGUGUCGGGUCAGCCUCGCGUGUAGCGCCUGUCUUGCGCGAAAGAUUCGCUGUUCCGGGGAGCAGCCAUUUUGAACUGUCUCGAAGUGGAAUUCACUCCUCCGACCCGAAAGCUGGCCAAGACAAACUAGCCGGAACAACAAUAUUUUCCAAGAAUGAAAUUCCUUCAAGCCUUCUAAGUGGUACUAAUGUUGCACUUCCUAGCCUGCCGCAGAUUAUGGACGCGAUCGAGGUCUUCUUUUCCCGUAUAUGUCCGUUGCCAUUGUACUCAUUUCUCCACAAGGAGACAUUGAUUAGGCAGAUCAACGCUGGAAUUGCCGAUCCAGCUAUUAUACUGGCCGUCUGCGGUGUCAGCGCCCAGCUUCAUUCCUCAAUCCCGGCGGAGAGGGGAAGAAGUGAGGCCUGGACCGACGCAGCAGAGAGAUUAAUUAUGACGAACCUUCACAGCCCAUCCAUAUUCAGAUUGCAAGCUCUUCUUCUUGUGACCAGACAGCGGCUGGAGGCAAAGAUGCUCUCGAAAGCAUUUAUGUUGACAGCACUGGCCUCAAGGUUUGCUUUUGCCCUCCGAUUGAAUUAUGAACGUCCAAAGUUGGGCUUUUCGGCUCAAGAAUGUCGUCGGCGACUGAUGUGGUCCGUGUUUCUGCUGGAUGGACUCUGGUCUGGAGGUCUGAAUGAAUUUACAACCUGCUCCUUUGAAACAGUCCAUCUCGAGCUACCCUCGAGCGAGAAAGAUUUUAAGAAUUGUGUCCCCCCAUUAUGCCACGAGGCAGACCCUCAGUCUGAAACUUACCCUGAUUUAUUAGCCCCUUGUCUACGACUUUCGAUUAUUAGAAGAGAUAUUCUGAAAUAUACUAAAAUGACUCUCUGGGAACCUGACACGCCUGAGGCGCUCCAAGAGUCUGUCCGGGCGUUUGAACGGAGGCUGCAUGAAUUCCAAAGUGAACUUUCACUAUCAGCCUCUUUCUGCGCAGAAAAUCUGGAAUACUACGCAUCCACUCCCUGGUUGACACGGUACAUACACAUCCAUACUUCGUGGCAUCAGGCUAACUGUGAUAUUUUCCGAUUCUUUCUGGCUGGGUAUAAGGAGGCCAUCCCACAAUCUCUUCUGAAUCGUAUUGAUCCAGAAUUCGUGCUCUAUGCAAUGGAGAAAUGCCUGGCCCAUGCGGUCGCCAUGACUGAUGUGUUCUCUUCGGUUUUACAGCUUGACAGGGAGCUGCCCCCGAUGGAUAAUGAUAUAGCCAUCUGUGCCUAUCACUGCACGAGGGUGAUUUUAUAUUGCCUUCGCAACAAUGUGGGAAGGAAUCCACUGACUCUUGAGGCGGGGCUUCGACGCGCUUCCGUAUGCCUCCAGGCAGUUACAAGGAUCUUUGGCAUGUCUCCCGCGCCUAGGAUAAUGCGGGAGGCUAUGGAGAAGAUGUUAUCAUGUUUUAAGGAUUCAGAGACUCUCGACGACGACUCUGCUUUACCAGACACGGACAACAAUAAUCCUGCACCAGUGUCGAACGCCGCACGAAUUCGACAAAAGCUCUCCAUUCAUAGCCUAGUCCGACAAGCAAGCUUUGUUGAUGACAGUCCAAUUGUCGCUUCAGCUGCUGUCAGCAAGGAACAGUCUAUUACCGAGCCAUCGCGGAAUGAGACUACAACCUCAAAAGGUGUUGAGCGUUAUGGGGACAGUAAUACGGUUCCAGAUCCGAUAAUCGGCGGCGGGCUUUCCGUCGACAACGGGCUCAUAUUGCAAAAUACGGAGCAAGCGUUGGAUCCCGGAUUGAUAUGGCAGAACCCUUUUCAGCAGGAACAGGGAAGCCUCGAUUUCUUUAUCGAGUCUGAGGAUCAACAUUGGAGGGAUGCGUGGGCUCUAUUUGAUGGCCAUAACGAUGCGUCGCUUUGGAAUCUAGAAAUCCCUUAG